AUGGUCUCUGCUUUGCUAAUAAAGGUGAAAUUUGGAAACUCCUUUAGACGCAUCAAUGUUCCUGUGGAUGAAAGUUAUCAAAUUAAUCUUAACAUGGUUAGUUUAAGAGAUAAGAUUAGGUCUAUGUUCAACUUUACUGCCGAUGAAAGCUUCAAUAUGACCUAUGUUGCUGAAGACGGCGACGUGAAAAAUCUUGUGAAUGAUGAUGAUUUGCAUGACGCGAUAAGUAUGCAAAUAAUUUUUUUGAGAAUUGACGUGCAUGGGGAUGGAUUAUUUCCAAAUAAAUUCUCACAAUGGAUAAAUACAAUCGAUGAAGCUUUUGAUAUAACUGGAUGGAACAAAUAUAUGUCACCUAUUUCUGCUGGUAUUUCUGAUGUUGUGGUUAUGGUCAAAUUUGAAAAUGCCUGGAGACGCAUCGAUGUUGAUUUGGAUGAGAAUAAUCAAAUUAUUCUUAACAUGUGA